CGCACAGGGGCGCGCGUCCGUCGGGUGCUCGCGCGGGGCCGGAGCGGCGCCGUCCGGGGCUGCAGGAACCUGGCAGCGCGGCUGCAUCCUUGGCGAGGCCGGGGACCGGGAAGGGGGCGGGGGCGGGGAACCGAGCGGAGGGAACCAGCCGAGGACUGAGCAAACUGGACAGUGGCAUUUGAGUAUUGAAAACUGAAGUUUAGUGGACUGCAUCUACCUUCUGCCUUCUCCCCAUCCUUUACAAAAGAAUAAAUGGGAUGUUUCAGAAGAGAGCUGUAUUAAAAGAAGAGUGUUGCAAAUGGCUUCAGAAGCUGUGAAUGCAAAACAGGCUAGGAAUCGCUUCACAAAAGGGAAAAGACAACAGCAAAUAAAGAACAGAUCUUCACUUGGUGAUGGUGAUGGAGAAGACUCUUUUCUCUUUGAAGCAAAUGAAGCUUGGAAAGAUUUUCAUGGUUCUCUUCUUCAGUUUUAUGAAAAUGGAGAACUCUGUGAUGUCACACUGAAGGUUGGCUCAAAGCUAAUCUCCUGUCACAAACUGGCAUUGGCCUGUGUUAUUCCCUACUUCAAAGCCAUGUUUCUCUCUGAAAUGGCUGAAGCCAAGCAAACGCUGAUUGAAAUAAGAGAUUUUGAUGGUGAUGCAAUAGAAGACUUGGUAAAGUUUGUCUAUUCUUCACGGCUCACUUUGACGGUUGACAAUGUCCAGCCUCUCUUAUAUGCAGCCUGUAUUCUACAGGUGGAACUGGUGGCUAGAGCUUGUUGUGAAUACAUGAAGUUACAUUUUCAUCCCUCCAACUGUCUGGCGGUAAGAGCCUUUGCAGAAAGUCACAAUCGAAUAGACCUAAUGGACAUGGCGGAUCAGUAUGCCUGUGAGCAUUUUACUGAAGUGGUGGAGUGCGAAGACUUCGUCAGUGUGUCACCUCAGCAUCUCCAUAAGCUUUUGUCCUCCAGUGACCUAAACAUUGAGAAUGAAAAGCAGGUCUACAGUGCUGCCAUCAAGUGGCUUCUUGCCAAUCCUCAGCAUCAUCCCCAAUGGUUAGAUGAAACACUUGCACAGGUUCGUUUGCCGCUGUUGCCAGUUGACUUUCUCAUGGGUGUUGUGGCAAAAGAACAGAUUGUCAAACAAAAUCUAAAAUGUAGAGAUUUAUUAGAUGAAGCAAGAAAUUACCACCUUCACUUGAGUAGCAGAGCAGUACCUGACUUCGAAUACUCUAUUCGGACUACCCCAAGGAAGCAUACUGCUGGAGUGCUAUUUUGUGUAGGUGGUCGAGGUGGAUCAGGUGACCCCUUCCGCAGUAUUGAAUGCUAUUCUAUCAACAAAAACAGUUGGUUCUUUGGACCAGAAAUGAACAGUCGAAGGCGACAUGUGGGUGUAAUCUCAGUGGAAGGUAAAGUGUAUGCAGUGGGUGGACAUGAUGGCAAUGAACAUUUAGGUAGCAUGGAGAUGUUUGAUCCUCUCACUAAUAAAUGGAUGAUGAAGGCAUCAAUGAACACAAAGAGGCGAGGAAUUGCCCUGGCUUCCUUGGGAGGCCCAAUUUAUGCCAUUGGAGGGUUAGAUGACAACACUUGCUUCAAUGAUGUGGAGAGAUAUGACAUAGAAUCUGAUCAGUGGAGUACAGUGGCACCAAUGAAUACUCCCCGUGGAGGCGUUGGCUCUGUGGCUCUCGUGAACCAUGUUUAUGCAGUAGGUGGCAAUGAUGGAGUAGCUUCUCUGUCUAGUGUGGAGAGGUAUGAUCCACAUCUCGAUAAGUGGAUAGAAGUUAAAGAGAUGGGUCAGCGAAGAGCAGGCAAUGGAGUUAGUGAGCUCCAUGGUUGCUUAUACGUUGUUGGUGGUUUUGAUGAUAAUUCUCCUCUGAGUUCUGUUGAGCGGUAUGACCCUCGAAGCAACAAAUGGGAUUAUGUAGCAGCCCUUACCACUCCCAGAGGUGGAGUGGGGAUCGCAACAGUGAUGGGCAAAAUCUUUGCAGUUGGUGGUCAUAAUGGCAAUGCAUAUCUAAAUACAGUGGAAGCAUUUGAUCCAGUGCUGAAUAGGUGGGAGCUUGUUGGAUCUGUGUCUCACUGCAGAGCUGGAGCAGGUGUAGCUGUGUGUGCCUGUUUAACUAGCCAAAUCCGAGAUGUAGGUCAUGGAUCCAGCAAUGUGGUUGACUGUAUGUGACUUGAGUUCCAGUCACCAACAGUUUAGUCAUAUCUGAUAGGCAAGAAAGACAAGCAGGAUUUUGUAAUGGCCACCUUCGAGCAGUUUUAACUAUUACUAGAGUGUCAUGUAAAUGUAAACUGUUGUAUGUGACUGAGUGCAACUUUUGGAAUGGUAGCCGAAGAAUUACUAGUAAUAAAGUUGAUAUUUCCCACUUUAACAAAUAAUGAAGUAGGGAAAGAAGACAGUCCAAGCUGAAACCUCCUCCUCCAAAAAAAAAAAGAAAGGUUUAACGGAGUGGAGUGCCAGAACCUUGAAAUUAACUUUUUUUUUAAGUGUGGAUGAAUGAACAUGCAGAAUGAAGUCGCUUGCUGAGCUUUACCUUUUGCCUAAAGGCAUUAACCUUAGGCAUUGGAUUUUUCCUCUGGGAAGAUUAGAACCUGUUCAUCAACACAGAGGUACCAGGACUCCUAACAGACCUGCUCCAUUUGAAGAUCAUUUCUCCUUGGUGCUGAUGAAUUUAUGCCUUGCUUUUUUCUAGGUGUUGACUUGUCAGUUCCUUGGAUAUUUACAGAAGUAGGAAAAAUGUUUCAUCUUUCUGAGUGUCAGCCUAUAGGAUUAUAGGCUUCAUUUCAGUUUGACUUGUUAGGACACCAAAAGAUCUAAAUGAACGAUUCCAUCUGAAUGAAUCUACACUUAUUUUUUCAUGUGAAAGGGGUUUUGUUUCAUAGUAAUAAAAAACGGAACCAGAUGAGAUUAUUAGAGGAGAAGGCUUUAGAGUCAGCAUUAUUCUAGUGCCCAUUUGAGAGACCUUGAAUGGGAGUAGUGUCCAUUACAUGACUCCCUAAUGAGGCAACCCCAAAAAUAUGUUUAACACUCUUUGAUUUAAUUAUUUCAUUCUGAAUCUGAGAUUUAUUAUCUUUCUAUUUUGCUGUCUGCCACCAUCAUAGUUUUUCUAACUGUACAGAAUCUGGAUUUAUUUAUUAUGAGAAAUUGAACUCAAAAACCCUUUACAGACUUUAGUUGAACUGUUGAUUAGUUCAUAUCCCUCUUUACCAAUAAAAGAUAUUGGAAAAGCAAAGGAAGAUGAAACUAGUUUUUUUUCUGUUAUAUUCUCUCCAGUGUACUUACUGAAUUUUAAUUGAAAAUAUUUCUUUCCAUUGCUUUGAAGGCAGGCUAUUUAUACAGCUGUUGAUCUAACAGCUCUUCGGUUUUACCAGCAUUAUAAAGUGGCUUAUUCAUUAUAUGUAUAUAUUUUUAUAAAUAUGUAUGAAGAAUAUUAAAUUAUUCUAUUUUGUAUUUGCAGUGCAGUUUGGUACUUCUCUUCCACACGUUCUUGAAUCCUCCUUUAGUUAUUAUGCCUUAGAAUUUGGUAUAGUUUACUGCUGUCAGUCAUCUUGUUCAUGAGGAAGCUGGGGCGAUGCAGAACCUGAAGUUAACUGCCUAGCAGCUGUGAUGGGCCUUGUUAAAUGACAGCCUAGGCUUUUUCAGUACAGAGAGGCAAAAAGCCACAUUACAAAAGCUAGUGCUUUGUGUAUAUUCAAGCAAAAAAAAACAAGAUAAAGAAAAUUUAAGAGAACUUAGCUAGCAGAGAAAGGUCUUUCAUGAAGCCAACUUAAAUGUUCUCAAAUUAUGGCAAUUUUUGCUGUCAGCUUGUGAGCAAGUCCAUAAGUCAUUGCUGGGUCUGAACUGAUGUUCUCUUGUACAACUGUAACCGUAUUUCAGUCAACCCCCAACGCAGUUCACUCUGUAGUACUUACUGGACUGGCUAUAACUGGCUGCAUAUGGAGAAUAAGGCUCAAAACCUGGCUUCAGCUCUUUCCCAGGUCUAAUGGACUUCCUGUAUUAUAAUGCUUGUCUAGGUAUGGUUGCCUAAUGUUAUAUUUAUUUUGAGGGGGAGUGGAUCUUUUAUUCUAAGGUUAUUAAAAAUUUUUUUUUCUUUUAUUUCUGCCUUUGUCAUGAGUAUAGCAUUUGGGAGCAUGAAGGUGUUACGUUUCCAUUACUAGUUUUUUCAAUACAGGAGUCAUCUAACUACUAAGUUGCUACUCUUGCUACCCGUAAAAUAUGAACUACUGCUAAGGGAAGUAAUGUGAAGUAAACAACACGUGGCUAACUGUUACAUUAUGUGUGGGCCAUCAGAAGUAUAGCCUUGAAGGACCUGACAAUGGUAUGAAAAGAUUAAAGUGCUUUAUGUAGAGUGACAAGUAGCAAAAGAACUUCUCUAUAAUAUUUUCUCAAAACCAUAUAUAAAUUUGUGUAGUAAUAUUCCAGCAAAUCAAAAUAGUAAAACUCUCAUAUACUACCAAGUACAGAGAUCAGAAAGUUGGAUUCACAUCAGUGCUGUUUAUUGAUUCAAAAUAUAUUGCAUGUAUCUAUUAUGAAUAGGAAUAUGAGUAUUAUGUAUCUAUUAUUAUUUCUGUAUAGUGUAUGUAACUUUGCUUUUGUUUGAUUGCUUUCAUAGAAUCUUUUCAAAAUGAUGUAAUUGUUUAUUCUCCAUCCUUCAAAUACAAAAUUGAUUUAGUCGGUUGGCUGAAAUAUUUUUUUCUCCAAAGAAAGGAUCUUUAUGUUUAACAGAAAAUACGAAGAUUUUUGUUAACCCUUAAAGAGGUUAAAGGCAACUGACUGAGCAAUUGUCUGUUCAGCAGUUGUAGACUUAUCCUAUUUAGAAAUAAGACUGUUUAUGCAUUAAGAUGUUGCCCUUCCGAUUAGUAACCUCGUGAAUCUUUAAUUUUGUUUUCUGCCUGUCUUGCCAUUGCUAAAAAGUUUUCUGAAACUCUUCCUUGGAAACCACCUGAAGAUCCAUUUGUAAGUCAUCCAAGAGAAUUAGUCUCAUCAUAGUCAUACAAGAACAAACAUGUGUUUGCCAGAGGAGGUGGAUGGGGAAAGGAGAGAGAAAUAGGUGGAGAGAGGAAGAAGUACAAGAUAACCUGGUUGCAAAAUAAAUGUGUCAUGGGUAUGAAAACAGUAGGAUAGUUUCUCUGAAGGGAACUCUGAGAAUUCUAUUGUAGUGCAAAAAUUCUGGUGAUUUUUAUUGUUUUAACAAGUCAUUUUUCCAUUAUUUUAUUGGUUGAGGCUAAACUCAGCCUACUUGAACUAUAUGAGAUUUCUUAAAUUUGGGUAGUAAUCAUGGGGCGUACUGACAACUACAAUUUGUUUAUUAAUAACUAUAGUUUAAUGCCUGCAUCAGUCACUUUAUAAUAACAUUUUAAUCUUUACAGUAAUUUUGCAAUUGAGAGUUACUCAGAUACAGGAAGUAACUUGUCCAAGAUUUACAACUAGUCACUGGUUAACCAAUAUUCCUCUGACUAAAAAGUUCUGCUGUUCCACCUAAAAGUAUGUCUAUUUAAGGAAGGAUUUUCUUUUUCAUAGCUGCUGCUUAGCAGUAUAAAAGUAUUUCUGGUCACUACUUCUCAUCUUUUGGUCACUUAUUUCCAUUUAUUAUAUUGAGAUAUUGGUAUAAGUUUUAUGUGUACAACAUAAUGAUUCAGUAUACAUAUACAUUGUGAAAUGGUCACCACAAGAAUCCAUCAUCAUAGUUUUUUUCCUUGAGAAGUUUUAAGAUCUAUUCUCUCAGCUCCUUUCAGAUAUGCCACACAGCACUAUUAACUAUAGUCACAAUGCCAUACGUUACAUCCCCAGGACUUAUUUUUUAAUAUCUGGAAUUUGUAUUGAUACCUUUUGACCCCCUUUACCUAUUUCUCCCACCCCUUACACUGCCUCUGGUAACCACUGAUGACUGUAUUUCUAUAUUUAAUAUUUGAUACAUAAGUGUAAUGUGUGUGACAUGUAAGUUUUUAAGCAUAGUGAUGAAACACCUGUGCAUUCAGUUCAGUCCCUAAUUAUUAACAACAUUCCUGGUAGUCCUGACUGUGCCUUUUGUUCCUUCUCAGUUCCAAUCCCCAGCCAGCUGUUCUCACUAGAGGUAAGUACUAUCCUGAGUCAUUGGUUUCUUUGCUGUUUUUUGUUUUCAUACAAAUAUGAAAGCUACAUGUUGUGUACUCUUACGUUGGCGAGCUUUAUAAAGAAUAGUAUCAUUAUGUAGUCUUAGUAGUUUGAUCUUUUCAUUCAGCAGGUUCACUUUUAAAAUUUGUUGGGUAUUUUCCCUGUUUUUGCUCUGCAGUGCUAAAGUGAACAUUUGAACACAGUUUCUUGGUAUGCAUGCAUGUGCAGGUUUUUUCUAAAGUACAUAUCCAGAAGCAGAGUUUGCUUGAUCAGCUUUAUAAACAGUGAAAUUAUUUUCCAAAAUGGUUGUGCCAGUUUACACAACUAUUUUGGAAAAUGAUUUAUUAUUUACUUGCUGUUGUAAGACAUGAUUCAUUUGCCAAUCUGUUAAGUGUAAGAUGAUAGUUUAUUAUGGCUUUAGUUUGCAUUUUCUUGAUUGUUGAGUUGAAAAUAUUCCCAUGAUUAUUAGUCGACUGGUUUCUUCUGUGAAAUGCUCCUUUUUUCCAUUUUUUUCCUUGUUUACCUUAGAGUUCUUCAUAAUAGGAUACUAAUUUUUCCAUUUAUUUUUAUUGUACAUUACCUUCUCUCGGUUUGUGGCUUAGCUCUUCACUUUGUAUUUUGGUACAGAAAACUUAACUUUAAUGUAUUUACAUGUUCUUUUUUGUGUCUUAAGAAAUCUAUCAUUUAUUCUAAUAAAGUUUCUUAUAUGUAGCCUUUAA